GUAAUGGAGGGCUGCUGGAUUAUCUUUCUCUUGAUCUCAAUUGCUACAUGCCUAAAAGGUGUCGAUGGACUGGAUUUGAUGUACAACUCGUCGAGUGUUGGAUUGUGUGUACACACGAUUCUGGAUGCAACACUAACUCUGAAUUUACAAAAUGAACAAAAAACAAGAGACGUGCCUCUAACAAGUGCAAGGGUAACCGCUGGAAGUUGCAAAGAGAGCAGCUCUGAACUGCAUUUAGUUCUUCAGGGGUCAAACUCCCUUAAUAUCAAUUUUGCAAAAGCAAACGAUGGCACAGUGUCCGUUUCAUACAAAGUUAUGCACGAAAGACAAGAUAAGACAUCUAUAAUUCUUGAGAGUGAGCCUAUGUCCCUUUCCGGAGCAGACGAGGUUUACAAGUGUAGUGUUAUCGACGCAGUUCUUCUACACGAUGACUCGGGUCAAAAUUUUGGAACAUUGUUUAUAUCUAAUGCUACAAUACAAGGUUUCGGCAUUCAGAACGGAACAUUUUCCGAAAAAGUGAAGACAUGCUUAAUAGACAACUCAAAUUCCACUAUGCAACCCCAGACACUCAAUCAAAAUGAAGAUGUUACGGGUAAAAUAAAACAAUUUGAGUUGAGGGAUGCAAGCGGUAAUGUCUGCAUUAGACUUAGUGGGACGCUACAGUUACUGAGUCUGUAUGAGAAGAAAGAUGGUAACAUGACCAGUGUAACACUUGCUGUUCCGAACACGGCCGUUGUGAGUGGAUUUUGUGUUAAGGAGAAAUCUUACCUGGUUUUGCGAUAUAAAGAGGGAGGCUCAAUCAGAGCGCUAGCUUUCUACUUCAGCAACAAGGAAAAUAGAACAACUUUGGAAAACAUAGAAACUAUCAUCAAAUUAGACACUGCCAAAUUUCCAGACGCCAAACUUGCCAAUGAUGUUCUUCGGUCGUAUGGAAGAAUUGGUGUACAUCUGGGAUCAGAGAGCAGCUUCUAUGGAUGUCAACACGAGAAAGAAUUUCUGGGAAACGACUUCAUUCUUAAAACAAGGCACCUAAAAGUUCAAACAUCAAAUACUGGUGUUCCUGAAAAAUUUUCCGCAGCAAGAACUGGAUGUCCUGAAGACAAUGUCAGAAUGACGGAAACACAGUUGUUCUCUCUGAAGGACGGAAAUCAAAGUUGUCUGCUGUUGUCUGGUGCUUUCCGUAUGUCCAUUCCCUACGACUCGCGGGAAAACAAGACUGAGAGGCAGUUGGUAAAUGUUCCCUUUUCUACCUCUAUUGAUGUAUCAGGAAAUUGUAGUUCCAAGAAGAAGCAAGAUAUGACGCUUUCCUUCUAUGACAACUGGCAUUUAAAGUUCGUGUUUGAAUCUACGUCUUCAAGUGGAGCAACACCAGACAGUGCUAUUCUUGGUUAUAAACUGAGCAAAAUAUCCAUGACUUAUUUCCGAUCCCCUCUGAUCUUCUACAAUCCAAAAGAAAAGUCUACAGGUCAGACUGUAUCUGUAUCAAGCAAGUCCUUCGAAACGCCGCUUAAGGCCAGAGCAAGAGGGAGCUAUAAGUGUGAUGAUACUAUUAAAGUAACAUUGACUGAUGGUGUUAUAUUGGAGGCCGGAAAUCUGCGCUUCCAAGCAUUCCAGAAGAGCAACUCAGAAAAUUUUUCGAGAGAUGUAAGUACGUGUAAUUCACCCGCGAAGGAGGAAAAACGUUAUGCCGUUUACAUCAUCAUUGGAUUGGCUAUCGUGGCAGUUUUCGCGCUUAUCGUCAUUGUUUUUGUCGUCUCGUCAAAAGCGAAACAACGAAACUAUGAGAAAAUGAAUUAAUAAUUAGGGCGGGAAGAUCAGUGGCAUAUUAGACUAUCUGUGACAAGGUCUCAAUUUUUCUCUUCUUUUUUAGAACCAUUUUCAAUAGAACUGGCUCAAAAAUGUAAAAAUAGGUAGUCUUGCUUCUUAAAAUACUACUCUGCAAUUUGAAAAUACUGGUAGGUUUGGCUAUUUCAAGUGAUAUUGAAAUAUUUUAGAGUUCACUGGUUCCUGCAAAGCCAGGUUUUUGUUUUAGCUAUACAUGUUGGGUUCAAAUGUUGGCAUAUAUACACUUUUUUUAAAUCGUAUAAAAUACAAAAAAAUGAAAUAAUAAACACCUUUUUUCCAACAAACAUGGUUUAGUGAAUAAGAGGUUAAAAUGCAUUCAUGUAUGUUUUCAAUGCCCCCUCUCCGUCUCAUUUUAGUUCCAAUAGCAUUCAACGAUUUUUCAAAAUUAAUUUUGACUAAAGAUCAAUUAAUAUAUUAUCUUUAUAGUGAAAUUAAGGUUUCAAUCAAGCACGUCAACCUCGUAACAUACCGGUAAUCUUUGGUUAGUAUCUUCUGUUCAUAAUAAUAUAAUCUUUAUUGGCCAAGACAUACAUCUUAUAGCAUUGAGUUAACAAACAUCAAAAGAUGAAGGUUGUGUGGCAUAUAUAAACAUAUGUAGUAUAUAAUGUAAAAUUGUAACAGACUUUAGUAAUAUACAGUUUGACCAUAUAUACAUUAGACAGAAAAUGAUUUUGUGACACUUUCACGUACUUCAAAAGCACGUUUGAGGUAAAUACCUAAAUUGCACAGUUCUUUAAAAAAUUUUACACUGAGUAGUUGUAUUAACUUAAAAACUGAAGGUUUUUUUCAGUAAUAUUUCUUAAUAUAUCGACAUCUAAUAUCACUAAACUGAGGGCAUUUUAAAAUAAAAUGAAAUUCAUCCUCAAUGUCUAAAUGGCACAUUUCACAAUAUCUGUUAUUUACUGGUAUGUUAUUGUGACGACCAUAUUCAAUAGCUAGGUUAUGGGAUGACAUACGUAUUUUGCUUAAUUGCUUCUUAUAUUUGAUUGGAAUAGCUUUUGUUCAGUAAUAUUGGAGAGAGAAAUUAUCAAUGAUAUGCUUUAAAAAUUUUGCAUCUUGAUGAAAAAUUUAUUUGCUCGAAACUCGUUGUGUUCUUUGUGGUGUAUCUUUCAUUUUGUUAAAAACGAUGGCAAAUUUGCAGAGUAUCUUUCUUUUGAGUCAAAUCUAAACAAAUAUAUGUUCAAAACGUAGUAUAAUCAUUUUUUUUCUUCUACUUACAUCUACAUACUCUAAUUGUAUACGACAUAAAUAAAGUUUGAAACUAAAUAUCACAAUCACAUCUUACUUACUGUAUUCCAUCAUCCUUUUAGAAGUAUUUCUGUUAUUUAGCUCAGAAUCUUUUCUUGUCAUGGUCUUGUAAAUUGAUCAGUUGCAGCGUUUCUUUACCAUCAUUAUUUGUAAGUUACGAAGAUCUGUUGGUUAAAAUAUCAUUUAUAAUUAGAGCCAACAUAUGUAUUCUAAAUCAAUCACACAAAUUUUAAAGUUUUAUUGAGCAAAUUUUGAAACAUGUAUAUUAGACUCAUUUUAACA